GAGAGAGAGGGAGAGAUGGAGAGAGAGGACCGUACAGAGGAGAGAUUGUGCUGGGAUGGAGAGACAGGGAUGCAGUUGCUAGGGAACAGCGAGGAGACGUCCAUCUUUUGCAGCUUGUUCCAGAUACAGCAAGGUUGGGAAAGGUUUGGGAGAUAAAUGCACCAUAUAAAAGAGAGAAGGAUGGAACGGCGGGUGAUGUGACGUGAUCUGGAGCAGCGUUAAUGAUCGAACACACCUCAUAGCUGACCUAAAGGAGUCUGUGUGUUGUCGUGUCUGUAUGAAGAUGGCCAUACACAGAUCCUGAGACGCCCCUCUUUGUCUGAGGAUCCACAGACGGGACGAGCUUCACCCGACAGACAGACAGACAGACAGACAGAGAGUCAGAUCUGAUGGAUUCAGUGGAGAGCUGAAACACACACACAGAGAAACCAACGGCUGCCGAGAGAAACUGCUUCUGUUGUGAGUGUCUGACCUCGUGAGCAUCCCGCUUUAAUUCCACAGAGUGACGUGAUUCUGAGUGAACGGGACAAAUCUGGAUAUUUCCAUGUGGAACUGAUUCUGAAGGGGGUUUGUAUUUGACAGGCUCUUGUAAAUGUGCUGAUCUUGUGUGAUUGGGAGCAGAGGAUGGGAACCACUGAAGCCACUUUACGGAUGGAGAACAUGGAGGUGAAAGAUGAGUGGCAAGACGAUGAUUUCCCACGGCCUCUUCCUGAAGACGGUGAUUUAGACGGACUCACUGACAACACUGCUCUGGCGGCGGAUCACACAGGUUCGGUUCAACAGAAGCGGCGCACGCUCAUCGCUCCGGACAUCAACCUGUCGCUGGAUAAAAGUGAGGGUUCGCUGCUUUCUGAAGACUUCCUGGAGACCCCAGACGACCUGGACAUAAACGUGGACGACAUCGACACGCCGGACGACGACUCGCUCGGCUCCCUCAACAACACCAACGAGCUGGAAUGGGAAGACGACACUGCGGUGGCCAGUGCGAAGGGUCCGGGGGGCGAGGAGGGCGACGGUGCGGGUCGUCUGUGGAGGACGGUGAUCAUCGGAGAUCAGGAGCACAGGAUAGACAUGCAGGUCAUCCGUCCGUACCUGCGCGUCGUCACACAUGGAGGUUAUUACGGCGAAGGACUGAACGCCAUCAUCGUGUUUGCUGCCUGCUAUCUGCCCGACAGCGGCUGCGCAGACUACAGCUACAUCAUGGAGAACCUCUUCCUGUAUGUGAUCAGUAGUCUGGAGCUGCUGGUAGCUGAAGACUACAUGAUCAUCUAUCUGAACGGAGCCACGCCGCGCAGGAGGAUGCCGGGCAUCAGCUGGCUCAAGAGAUGCUACCAGAUGAUCGAAAGACGGUUAAGAAAGAAUCUCAAAUGUCUGAUCAUCGCGCAUCCCUCCUGGUUCAUCCGGACCGUUCUGGCCAUCUCACGGCCGUUCAUCAGUGUGAAAUUCAUGGAAAAGAUCCGAUACGUCCAGAGUCUGGAGGAACUGGCUCAGAUGGUCCCCAUGGAGCACGUGCAGAUCCCCGAGUGUGUGCUGCUGUGUGACGAGGAGCGAAUCAAAGCACAGAGAGAAAGGCCGUCGUCCGUGGGAGCGGAGGCCUGUCCCUGACGCGUCUCAUUGGAUACACUCCAAGGCAGGAAUUUAUCUGUGCAUGUCAUUUUCCAAAGAUGCUCCUUUGAAGAACAAUCAUGUGGACGAACACAAUCAUCAUCAUCAUCAUCAUCAUCAUCAUCUCAGAACACAACGUUUGUGGUGCUCUUUCUACAGUGCAGUUCUUCCAGAAACACUUUGACCUGGGUCACAACUGGACUGAGAUAAAAAAAAAAAAAAAACACUCACAGACUCACUCUUUUCUAACAGAAGAGGAACAUCUGUGCAAUUCGCAUUGUGUUGUACAUAUGUAAAACGAGGGAUGGUUAAUACCAGCGGGAUUUUAACUUGACUCAGUCUGUUACAUAACCCAGCAGUUUGCAUUCAUAAUCUUUCAUUGGAAAAUUGGCCAUGAAAACAAACAAGCGCCAAAUAAUUAUUUAGUCAGAGUUUUGGGCUGAUGCUGUAAAUCUUUUAAUCUUUCUAAAAGUGGUUAAAUGCAUUUGACAACUCACCUUCAGGUCAUCUGAGAUGUGGAUGAGUUUGUUUCUUCAUCAGGUUUGGAGAAAUGUAGCAUUGCAUCAGUGUCUCAUCAAUGGAUGCUCUGCAGUGAAUGGGUGCCGUCAGAAUGAGAGUCUGAUAAAAACAUCACAAUAAUCCACAGCACUCCAGUACAUCAGUUAACAUCCUGUUUACAAGAAGCAAAUCCAUCAAUAAGGCAUUUUUAACUAGAAUACGAGUACAUAAUCCAUAUUAAUGCCUUUUCCAGUGGAAAAAAGUAGUUUGGUCUGAAUCAGGAGAGAAAUCUGCACAGAUCAAGCAAGACCUAAACAGCUUUCAGCAAAUAUGUGGCUGGAUUUUUGAUGUGAGAGACAACAGGAGCUGCACUUUUACACUGAAGGAAGCGUUAUAAUGGAUUUUAGACAGAAGUAAAUAAAAUAAAAAAAAUUAUCAGCUGUUUGGACUCUCAUUCUGACGGCACCCAUUCACUGCAGAGCA